AUGUCUUUUACUUCCAGAUUUGUCUACCUGAAUCCACUGAGGCGUAGUGUUUUCAAUGUUGCGAGUGCCUCCAAAGCUACACAGCAGAAAGAUAUCAUUAUCAAUCCCACUUUUGAAGGCAUUCAGCUUGUCAGUUUGCCCCAUCUGUCAUCACGUCUUGGUUUGUCACGAAUAGCCCUUGUCAUAAAGUCUGGCCCUAAAUAUGAAUCAUCUAAAAAUCGUGGUAUUAGUCAUCUACUCCGUCGAUCUUUUGGAAUUUCUACGCCAGACUUUACUAGCGUAAACCUGACAAGACACUUCCAACAAAUGGGCGCCCGUGUACAAUGUAAAACAACUCGUGAGCAUACUAUCUACACAGUAGAUAUCGCGCCUAACUUUGCAGUACGAGCUGGUCACCUUUUAUGCUGCAUGGCUUUUUCGCCUUGUUAUUACGCUUGGGAACUACAAGAUAUUGUCUACCGUUUGAUGCGGAAAGACGUCGAUAUUCUCAAUCGACAAAAUCUAAGUGGAUUGAAUAUGGAGUUACUCCAUGAAGCAGCUUUCGGCACUAGUGAUUCAGGAUGUGGCUUAGGAUACUCACUGAUUGCUCCGGAUGACCGUGUUGGAUCACAUUCCAUUAAUCAAAUAAAAGAAUAUCAUUCAAGUAGGUUUACCGCAGGCAACUGUGUUUUGGGUAUCGCACAUGCAGAUCCAAAUAACGAUGGAAUGGAUAUACUAAACAAAUUGAAAAGUGUUAUUCACAUCAACCCACCACUACCUGAAAAAAGAUCAGCAGUGAAUCAUGGAUUUAUUGGAGGGGAAGUACGCCGAGAUUUAGUUGCUGCGUCUACAGUUUAUGCAUAUUUGGCCUGGCCUGUCAAUGAAUACUGUCCCGUGAAUGAUUUGAUUGUUUGUGCAUUAAAUGGAUCAUCUAAUCGUAUAGAGUAUGGUGGGAAUGCCUGCAAAUCUUUGUUGGCUCGUACAGCUGUAGAAGGAGAUAGUGAAACUGAAGCACUAGCUUUUCAUAAAUCGUACAGUGUUCAUGGGCUUCUGGGGAUUAGUGUAGCUGGAACUUGCCCUGAAGCAGUCAGGGCCAGAAUUAAGCGUAUUGUUUCAGCAUUACGUUCUGAGACUCUUACCGAAGAAAAUCUCAAGCAAGCAAAAAAAAUUCUAAAGGCUGAUCUUAUGUUUAGAUAUGAAGAUCCACUACAUAUACUUGUAGAUAUUUCUACCAAUCUGCUUUCAUCACCUGAUAAGUGUAGAAAGCCGACUGAACUUGUUCCUGAUGUCGAUCAGAUCAAUUUAAGUACUCUUAAUGAAGCUAUGAAGAAAAUUGUAAACAAUCAGCAAGUUGCAUUUUCAUUGGUUGGUCCCAAUCUAGGAGUUAUUGAACCAGCUCAAGUAUUACUCAAGGUGUAA